CGCUACUCUCGCGAUGUCUCGUAUCAACGCGUUCACUUGCCGUGACGUAAAUCGAAUAUUGUCGGUGCACAGCUGGCAGGCUUGGCAGCCUUCUCCACACCGUUUACAUAGAAACAACAACAUGACAAGUGAGUAUAUAGCUAUAUUUUUAUUUACUAUGUAUUAGCUACUAAACUAAAGUUGUUUGUUGGUAGCUAAGCUAGUUACGCAUCUCGCUUUGCUGUUUCAAGCAAUGAAAUCAGAGACCAUCAAUGCUAGGUAGCUAACGUUAGCUAGCUAUGUUUGAACUGGAUAAGUAAAAAAGAAAAAAAAAAGCUAGCUAACUAGAAAGUAUAGUGCAACAUGGCUUUCUGUUACCAUACACGAAUUUGUUUUAGUGCCAUAAAAUGUAUACCCUUUUCCAUUGUUAACUGGUAAGGAUCUGAUUUGUAGUUAGCUCGCUAACUAGCUACGUUAACUGACGUUAACUGACUAGGCCCGUGAAGUGCCACGCACAAUAACAAACCCUGCUAAGCAGUGGCCUAGCGUUAUGCUCCCUCUCUCCCGAACGUACAUUAUAGAUUAAACCAUUAUUUUCGUUUUCACUAACUAUUAGGUACACUGUUGUAAUUAUCUAGCCCGUUCAGUUACCAAACUAUCAAUACAGGGGCUGGUUUUAAUUGAGUGUUUUAAAAUUAAGACAUUACAUUUUUGUCAUUUAGCAGACGCUCUUAUCCAGAGCGACUUACAGUUAGUGAGUGCAUACAUUUAUUUUAUUUUAAUUUUAUACUGGAAUCGAACCCACAACCCUGGCGUUGCAAAUGCCAUGCUCUACCAACUGAGCUACAUCCCAUUAGCAAUGACUUUGCAACAGUCCCUCACCUGGGUCUUUCAAAUCGAUUUCUUUGCAGGGGGGAAUCAGCGUGACCUUGCUCGUGCUAGAAAUGCCAAAAAGCAAGGGAAUGACAAGGGAAAGAAGGCUGAUGAUGGCAUGUCUGCAGCUGCGAGGAAGCUGAGGUAAGUUAUUCGUUUUGGCUUUUAGGAAGUUCUCCUGGUACACAGGUGAGAAUCUUUCACUGAAACCAGGACCAAUUUUUUUUUACAUGCAUUUCUUUUUUAUUGAACAGAUUGUAUUUGGUUUGACUAUUUUGUUUGUCUUCCUUAGGGAUGCAGAGAUAAUGCAACAGAAGCAGAAAAAAGCCAAUGACCCUAAGCCGGCCGAUGAGAAAGCCAAAUAGCAGCAAGAUCCAGAGCUCAAUCACGACUAUUCUCAGAUACCAAGAUGUUACCCAUUAUUGAAAGAUGACCAGUUCUCUUUUUGUCCCCAUAAUCUGGGGUUCAGAACCAGUUUGUAAUAUUUUGUGGUGGAGGUUGUACUGUAUAGUUUGGGAAAUGAAUGGUUUUGAAUAAGGACUAAUGCGUAAGCCUAUUUCAAUACACAGGUCUAAUGUUAAUCAGUAUUUACAAUGUAAAGAGCAGGAAUUUCAAACUCCACUACUUGGAAUUACAAAACAAUAUUGUAUUUUUGUAUUCCCUCAUCUAGAUUAAGUAACUCAACUAGUGGUUGUUUAUGGUUUAUAUACCAUGUUUAUUGCUUUUAUAUUGAGGAUGGGCAUAUGCAGUGCUGUAAGAUUAAUCAAAUAAACAAAUGAAAGAUUCAAUCAAACAAAUCACACACCUCUGUACAGAAAGUUUAUUCAAUUAAAACAUUAGCUGAUAAAUACUGUAAGCACCUCAUUGUAAAAUGUGAUAAUUUCUGCAUGUUUCUAACCACAGCAUUAGCAAUGUAGUUUCGACUGAGCUAGCACAACUUCAACUGUGCCUUUCUGAAUACAGUAAAUUCCUGAUGUGUACAACAGGUAAGUGCUGACUAUUUAGGUGCAGUACACAAAUCCCAUUCAUUAAACAUCUCUGGAGAUCUACAGUGGGGAGAACAAGUAUUU